AUUGGAAGUAAACGAAAUCAUUCGAACUAGAAAAUCUUUGAAACGUCCUCGUAUAUACACUUUUGGUGAAAAAAGAAACAGAAUAAAGAAAUAAAAAUCGAUAUGCCGAAUGAAUUGGAAAUAAAAGAAAUCAUUCGUACUAAGUAUAAAAACUUGGAACGACCCUCUUAUACACACUUUCGGUAAAAAAGAAGCAGAUUUAGGUUAUGUCAAUGUGCCGAAUGAUCGUUACGUGAUUUGUGUGGUUUUGUUUUGAAAAUUCGAUGUAGUGUAAAAGUAUGUCUUCCAGAAAAUGUUAUUUCUUCAACAAGAACAACAACGUGAAAAUUUAUUUGGCUCACAACGUGAAAACAACAUUGGGACGCAGCGUUGAAACGAAAAUCGAAGACAAAUUCGUCUCGAAACAACAAAUCGAAUGUUUGGCCGAUUUGGAGAAUUGCACGGUGAAAAUCAAACCGAUAGGAAAAGCGAUAUCGGGAGUGGACGGGUACGCGAUCGUUAAAGGUAAAACUUACACAUUAGGACCCGGACACGUGGUGGAAUUUCGUUUGGGAGCCCAUUUUUUCGAAAUAAAUUUCGAUUGCCCCGAUACGAAAAAACACGAACACGUAAACAAAAAACAAAAACUAGACUUCGAAACCAAAGAAAGCGAUAAAUGGGAAAUCAUCGAUAAUAAAGGAUUACUAAUUUACACCCCACAACAUAUACAGGGUCGUCAAAAAAUAGCCGCGUUCGACAUCGACGGUACCAUCAUAAAAACCAAAUCCGGUGCUAAAUUUCCGAAAGAUUUCGACGAUUGGGUACUGAAUUAUAAUGAUAUACCUCGAAAAUUACAAAUUUUAUACGAGGAAGGGUACAAAAUAACCUUUUUCACCAACCAAGCAGGUAUAGGUAAAGAUACGACCAAAAUAAAAAAUUUCAAAACGAAAAUGGAAAAUUUGGUCAAGAAAUUAUCGAUUCCGGUACAAAUAUUCGUCGCUUUAGGUAAAACCAAAUACAGAAAACCGAUACCGGGGAUGUGGGAAAAGUUGGUACAAGAAAAAAACGAUAAAAUCGAUGUCGAUUUAAAAGAAUCGUUUUACGUUGGAGACGCCGCUGGGAGGGAGAAAAAUUGGUCUCCGAAGAAACCUAAAGAUCAUUCAAACGCCGAUAGAUUGUUCGCUUUGAAUAUCGGUUUGAAAUUCUACACCCCAGAGGAGUAUUUCAUGAAAACCAAACCGGCACCCUUCCGAAUGCCUGAUUUCGAUCCGAGAAGUAUACAGAGUAAUACCUCCACAGUUUUCGACUUGAAUUUCGACUCCCCCAAUGUGAUUCUGUUGGUAGGGGGUCCGGGUUCGGGGAAAAGUCAUUUCUGCAAGACGUUUCUCAUCCCCAAGGGCUACGUCCACAUAAAUCGGGAUACCCUAGGCUCCUGGCAGAAGUGUGUCAAACUCCUGGAGGAAUCAUUGAAGGACAAGAAGAACUGCGCCGUGGAUAACACGAACGUGGAUAGGGAGAGCAGGAAACGGUACUUGGAGGUCGCGGAGAAGUUCAAAGUGCCUUGUUUUUGUGUAGUUAUGGGGACUUCUUAUCAACAUUGCAAACACAAUUUGAAAUUCAGGGAAUUGACGGAUGAAAUUCACGAACCCGUCAAUGAGAUGGUACUCAACACGUUGAGGAAGAAUUUCGAGGUACCGGCGUUGGAGGAGGGGUUCGGACGAAUUGUGGAAGUGCCCUUUGUACCCAACUUCGUCAAUGAUGAAAUGGAGAAGAUUUAUAAGAUGUUUUUAUUGGAAAAAUGAUGGGGAGAAUCGUUCUAGGGGUGUUUUCGUUGGAUAAAUGAUAGGGAGAAUCGUUUUAGGGGCGUUCUCACUGGAUAAAUAAUGGGGAGAAUUUUCUCUUGCUGGUUUUGUUGGAGAAAUGAUGGGGAGAAUUUUUGACAGUGGUUGUGUUGGAGACAUGAUGGGGAGAAUCGUUCUAGUGCUGUUAUCGUUGGAUAAAUAAUGGGGAGAAUUUCUUUUCUGGGCGUUCUUAUUGUUGGAGAAAUGAUGGGAGAAUUUUUUGGGGUACUUUUGUUGAGGAAAUGAUGGGGAAAAUUUUUUUGGAAUGUUUUUAUUGAUGACAUGUUCGGGAGGAAUAUUUUUCGGGGGAUAAUUAAAAUAUACAAAGUGGUUUUGAUGAUUUAUUUAAAAAAAUUAACACCAUGUAUAAAUUUUUUUAUAUAUAAUUUAAAUCGAGAAUAAUUGAGAAUGUUAUGCUAUAGGGGGAGAUUCAAAUGUUCUCUUUUCUACCGAUACAUAAAUAAAUGUGAAAAAACAAAUAUGAACGUUUAAUAUGAAGUUUUUUUGUUAUUUUUGUAUUUUUUUGUUUAUUGUAAAUAAAAAUUGAAAUCGU